AUGCCGAAAGCAGAGGUCGGCUCGGUCAAGCACCUGAGCAACAAGAUGAAGAGCAAGGGCCUGCAGCGCCUGCGCUGGUACUGCCAGGUCUGCAAGAAGCAGUGCCGCGACGAGAACGGGUUCAAGAUGCACACCCAGUCCGAGUCGCACGUGCGCCAGAUGAUGAUUGUCGGCGAGGACCCCAAGAAGGCCAUCAACGACUUCAGCCGCCAGUUCCAGCGCGACUUCCUGCAGCUGCUGCGCACCGGCCAUGGCGAGAAGCAGGUCCAGAUCAACCACUUCUACCAGGAGUACAUUGCCAACAAGGAGCACGUCCACAUGAACGCCACCAAGUGGCCCAGCCUGACCGAGUUCGCCAAGCACCUCGGCCGCGAGGGCAUCUGCCGCGUCCAGGAGAACGAGAAGGGCAUCCACAUCGCCUGGGUCGACGACUCGCCCGACGCCAUGCGCCGCCGCGAGGCCGUCAAGCGCAAGGAGAUGCAGGACAAGGGCGACGAGGAGCGCGAGCAGCGCAUGCUCCGCGAGCAGAUCCGCCGCGCCCAGAAGGAGGCGGCGGCCGCCCGCCCCGAUGCCGCCGACGACGAAGGGUCCGAGGUCCGCGCACUGAAGCGAGACGAGGGCGAGAAGAUCAAGUUGUCGUUCGGCGCGAAACCAGCUGCCCCAGCCGAGCCUGAAGCAGCAGCAGCAGGUCAGCGGACGACGUUAGAUAGCCCGGAGAAGGAAGGCCCUGCCGCCAAUGCUGCCGAAGUCACAGAAGCAGCAGAACCACAACCACCACCUAAGGCAGCCGCUCCGGCCCCCGUUUCCUUGAAAAUGGGCCCGGCAAAGCCUCAGGCCAAGAACGUGUUUGCCGCGGCCAAGAAGAACGCACUCGCAGGGGCCCCCAAGAAGCCGAACCCGUUCCAGCAGGAGAAGAAGAUGAGCGAGGCCGAACGCAUCAUGAAGGAGGAGAUGGAGAGGAAUAAGAAGAGAUCAAGCUCAGGCUCAGGCUUCGGGGGGUUCUCGUUCAACAAGAAGCAGAGGACGGACUGA